UUUAUAAUUCGCAUGAUAUAAUCAGGUGGAAAGUACUGUUUAUCCCGGAAAUUGUAUACUUUACCAUCUAAUCGGUUAGAGUGUUAUCAAACAAUAAUAAUUAUUGACCUAAUAAUAACAGCAUGCACCUUUUUUCAAAUUUCGGGCUGUUCAAACGAUAAACGCAUCCAACCACAAUUUAUUAUUGUGCAAGUUUUGAUUCUAAAUUUCGUUUGAAACGGGUUUUAAUUAUGCAUGGAUUCUUACAUUUUUAACGAAAAAACUUUUAAGAUUGAUUGUUUUAAUUUUUGCACAUCAUCUGAUAAUUUAAACAAUUGUAAUUUUUCAGCGCAAAAAUUCAACAACACUUCGUUGAGGCUAGCAACCGAAGACCGCUUAAAAAAUAUGGGAUUGAAGGAAGGGCCGAUUCUCCUUGUACUGGACAUAAUAGGGAAAACAAAAGCCAAAAAUUCAACAUGUACAGAACAAUUGAAUACUGAAAACAUCUCCGAAAUCCGAAUAAAGCUAGAGAAGCAUGCCAAAUUCGCCCAACAGGUUCUGUACGCAAAACUGGAUAAACAGCUGCCGCUCCUACGCAAAGAGAUGUGCGAGAUGGUUCGCAUCUUGUGUUGGAGGUGGAAAAACCGAGUUAUUUCUAAAGACUAUCCAAAAACUGUCGAACUGGAGGAAAUGGCUCGCAAAAUUAUCCAGGAGUUUCCAUAUUUGCAGAACUAUGCAGAAAACAGCGAAAUGGCAUUUUUUUCAAGAAAUAGUGGCAAAGGGCGUGGUCAGCCGCAUUCUGGUAUAAUCUACAAUCAUUUUAGAAAUUUAUGCCAUGGAAUACCAAAACAACAUAAAAAAUUUCCUCGUUCAUCCAACACAAUAACGGUUACAGAAGAAGUUGUCAGUAUAGCCAUAAACCUUGCAGUGAUGGAAGGAAUGCCUGAAAAUAUCACUUAUAUAAAAGAAGACAUGGUGAAGUGUUUGCCAUUACUACAAAAUUUGAUCGUUCGAAAAAAAAAACCAAAAUCAAUUUCGGAAACCUUACCGCACCUUCUCGGAUUUGGGGGUGAAAUAAUUGUUGACAUGUUUUCGAUAAUGAAUCCCUCAUACAAUAAACACGCAAACCUUAACAGUGUUUGUGCUAAGGGGCUACUGUUCAAGCCGACUAGCUUCGGUCGGGUCAAAGAUGGUAAUUUAAGAGGAGCUUUACGCAUCUGGCUAACCUUGAACUGUCAAGGAAUCAACCGUAAAAUUUAUGAUGGCGAUAUUGAGGAGCAGUUAGCGCAAGCAUUCAUCACAUGGACUGGAGAGGAUGCAAUGGCUACCCUUGAGAUGUUGGGAAGGUAUGAAGCCAUAUUCCUUACAACUGGAAAAUAUCCUCCAGCCCAGAUUCUGUGCCAAGCGAAACCAUUCGAUGUAGGGAAUUAUACGAUAUAUUUAAAUGGCAUCACAAUUAAGCCAUCCUUCCGUAGCCCAAGAUUUUACUUAAAUGCUGAUCAUCAAAAGCUCUGGUUUGGAUCCUACCUUAGCUACCAACUGCAGCUAUACGUCGAAGUUUUCUUCUCAACCACAAAUAAAACACAGACGCAGAAAACGCAGACCAACUUGGAGAAGUACAAUAAAACGAAAUGUGCCAAAUAUUGGCCGGAGAAUAUUAACGACUCGACACAGUAUGGAGAGCUGGGCAAUGCUUUUACUUCCGAUAGCUACUAUGCCGAUUAUAUAGUGCGAAAUUUGAAGGUGACAAAACGAUCUAUCAACUCAGCUGGCGAAGAUGUAGAAGACAAUCGAUACAUCUCUUAGUUCCACUAUCUGACCUGGAAGGAUUUUAUGGCAACGGAAGACCCACAAGGAAUCACCAAAUUCACCAAACGCAUCAAUUCAGAAUACUCAUUGCAGCGUGGCCCGAUAUUGGUUCAUUGCAGUGCUGGUGCUGGUCGAACCGGUAUUUUCGUGGCCCUCGAUACACUUUCACAGCAAUUGAACGAGGAAGGUCAGGUUUCCAUCUUCAACACAAUUUGUGAUAUGCGAUAUCAAAGAAAUUUUCUCGUUCAGUCACUG